AUGAGAGACAAGUCCAUGAAUUUGAAGUUAAACCUCAGCUUUAAGACCAAGAAAUUGAAGAAGAAAGUUGAACAUCUUACACCUUUUUGUGGAUCAGAGGAUGUGUUAUCAAAUUUUUAUCCAUGUGAAUUGGAUAUAUGUGGAGUCAAUCAUAAAUCUGCGGAGCACGCAUUUCAAUAUAUAAAAGCUGUGCGUUGUGGAGACCUUGAGGCGGCUAACACCAUUAAGGAGGCUGACACCGCUCUCUCGGCACUUCGGUUCGGAAAGAAGGUCAAGGUGAACCAACAAUGGGAAUCUACAAAAGCAGAAGUCAUGCAGGACAUCCUUGAAAACAAAUGUGUUCAGGUUCCUAUGUUUCAGGAGAAGCUGCGUACCUCGAAACAAUCCACCAUUUUUGUGGAAGCAACAUUCAAUGACGAAUGGGGAUCAGGACUCGAUCGCCAAGGUACCCUGAACACAAAACCCGAACACUGGCCUGGGUCUAACAAACUCGGUCUACUUCUGAAAAAGAUCGCGAAAAAGGUCAGGAAAAGAAAACUUAGUGAUAGCGUUAACCGCAAACAGAGAAACUCGAAUCGGGACCAAUCAAGGCAGCUCAACAUCGUCCAGAUGUUAAAGCAACUGAGAACAGCUUCAGACAGUGACGUUUCCGGCUGCAACCCAGACUCUGAUAGCAGUUCCGAUGAAGGGAAAUAAUCUGUUUGUGAUUGUUAUCGGUAUGUGAAUGAAGAACUCAAUUAUUCAUAACAAUUAUAUUUCGAAAUGGUAUAAUUCUAAUUUUUU